AUGGUCACGAGACCACCCCUCCCAAAGACUGAUGCCGAGGCUCUGCGGCACUAUUUGAGAGCCUGGCAGUGGGCAAUUGCAUGGGAAGAAUCUCGUCGCGGUCAAGAACUGGAGAAGAGCCGCCAGGAAGCCAUGAAGCUGGAGCGGCGGAAGAUCGAACAUGGGAUUCUCGUUGACGCACUCUGUGCAGGAAUGAGUCCUGAUCUUUGUCCCGCUCUUAUGGACAGCAUGAACGGCCUAUUCAAUGGGCGUCUCAACCCGGACAACUUGCCACAGGACCUGCCUGUUUCAAUCCGCAGACGCCUUCGAGCCAUUUCACCAGUCCUGAAUCAGCAGCCUACCCAGCCGCCUGUACCGGCGAUCCUGACUCCGCCCCCCGAAGCAUCAGAUCCUUUCAACAAAAGCGCAGAUCAGCAGCCUCAGAAACCUGCAGAGAUAACCCAGAAGAAUUGGCAGGGCUCAUUCCAGGUGCACUCGCGAAAUGACGUGUCCGGAUUCUCCAACAAUCCAACCUCGUCUCCGGAGUUCUCUCAAUCCGCAGCAAAUGAAAUCUCCCGUCGGGAGACACUGAAAGCUGUCACUUGUUUUCCUCGCGGCGCUCCAAGGCCUCGUGCUCAACACCGAUCACGCCUGUCGGCUUCAAACCCACCUGGACAAGUGCGUCGCUUCCGCUUUCCAAUCAUCGUUUGGACACCCUCUGCACAGAAGGUGGAGCACUCCAUCGAGGACAUGAUGAUCGAUACCACCUAUGAUGCAAGCGAUGAGGAAUCGACUGAUCCCGAAGACUACGAGUCUUACUACGACGAUCCACACACCGGCAGCGAGUACGAAAGCGAUCAAGAUCGUGAAGCGCUUCACAACAGCAGUCACAGCAAUCAGGACGACGAUGUCAUGAUCGUCGACGAUACAGACUGA